GGAUGUGUGUUAUUAUUGUCUUUUUGUUGGUAUCACUUUGGGCGAUACUAUUCAUAUGGUACUAUUGUCGGGUUAUAUGUUAUUCAUUCCUGCCAAGUACACUAUAAGAAGAGGGGUCCUAUUUAUAAUAGAGGGAGAUACUAGAGUCCGCUAGUAGUACGGCUUCAUAUGAGGCUAAUCACAUGACGUACUUACACUUUUGUUAGCUUUGUUUUAUGUGUAUCUCAACGUCGCGCCUUCAGCAAUAGCGGCGGGAUUCCUGAGCAGUACUGUUCAGACUCCAAAGACAGAUGUUAACGUUAUAAUACUGUGAGUGUAUCACGACGAGCAUUAAAUGACCAGCGCUAAUUCUUCAUUCUCACUUACUUUCUCGAACUCUUAAAGACAGGGUAUCUUUACUAGUAGUGCAGCGUGUGAGUUUGUGCAAUUGUAUUAGUCAUUGCAACAAGCCGAAGUGCAACCUGCAUGUCAAGAGGCACCAACCUCUGCCAAGGAUGUCUCUAGCACAACACAGCUACUUAAACCUCAAAGUUGUCAAUUUGUCGUCGAGAGUGAUAGACACGCAUUUUUCGCAGGCGCAUCAAAUAUCGAGAAUGCUGUCGAGAUGACUGCAAGCAGUCUAAAUCAAGUAUUUCGACUAAUAAAACCGAAGUAUCAGUUGGGGCAGGAACCUAAUGGUCCAAUCUUUAUCCAUUGAUGGACGCCGCGAAGAUCAGAGUUAUAGGUGGCCUUGCGAUGAUGUUAAUUACUAUGAAGUACAUCUUCUUCCUCGUUCAACAUCUGGAAACUUACAUUAAGUAAUAGGCAGUUCUUGUGAAUAGUCCUAUUCGGAAUUUCAACCGAGAAUCGCGCCCAGAUCUGUAUGGGUAUUGAGGGUAUCGUGACAAGGUUUGAUCUAGCUUUGUUCAAGCAGGGUGAUAUGUGGGGCGAAAUGACGAUUUCAAACGCAACAGAAUUUUCUAAUGCAUUUGAGGCCUUGAUCAACCUUCGACAUCAAUCACGCUCCUAACUCCUGACCCAUUUGCCGCAGUCUUUUAAGCAUAUGCCUACCUACCCUCGCAGGGGCCACACUAGUCAGUACUAUGUUGAAUUGUGGAAAAGCAAUCAUCAACCCUGCUAUUUUCAGCAAUUUAACAAACCGGGCUAGCAUUUAUGCUAGCUCAAGAAUUACGGACUUUACGUCGUUGGUUAAUCCAACCGCAGUAACACAACCACCUGGAGUUACGGAAUCAUAUUGGUCACUGACCAUGUUCAAUGACGCCGACUUAAUGAAUGAUAUCUGCAAGAUCUCCGACCAGGAAGUCCAAGACAAUACCAGUGUGACGAAUGUAAUACUAUCAUUGUUUUCCAACCAAUUUCUAAACCUAUAACCUCACAGUUUAGCAAGAAUGGAGGAAAUGAUCUUGGUAUAACGAUAGAGGAUGGUCCUCUAAUCCGUAAGUAAAUGUUUUGGAGCUUGAAUUCAUUAACAAGUAUAAUAUGAUGAUAAUCAAAUGACUCUAGUAAUCAACAUCGCAAAUCAGUGGAUCAAUAUCAACGGACGAUUCGGGAAUCGUAGUGUUCACCGAAAAACUCCUCGCGCAGUCCACUGCUUUAGCAAAAGAACGAAAUCGCUGACAUAGCUUUUUUGUGCCAAAGUUAUGCAGCACUUCAGGAGGAUGUAUUUUCCAACUUUGGUGAAAAGAACCAUAAAAGUUUAAUUGAGGUUUCAGAGAAGUAUGAUCAAGACGGUGUGUCCAUUCGGUUGCAGCCUGAGCGUUUUAAGUUUUGUUGAGGUAUGCCGCAUGUUUAAAAACGGAAAUGCACGUAUCGUUUUCAAUCGAUUCACUCGAAUUAUAUCGUAUGGUAGCAUGCUGAUCUGGAUGUGCCUGCUUACAGGGACAAGUUAAUACCAGCCAUCUAGUACUAUCAUGUGCUUUACACGUCGUUAUUCGCCUGUCAUGGGUGUCUUUUAACAUGACUUUCGGGUAUUAUUAAUUUUUGGAUGUGCCCCUUGUUGAACAAUGUUGCAAAAUACACCAAAGGUUCAAGGAACUUUAGGUUUACAAGUUUUCAAUCCGGAUACCCGGACAACUUUAACUUUUUCAAUUGCAUUAGUAUCAUGUACUUUUAAAGUAUAAUAGAUUCAGCUAGUCAGCAGAUCGGGGAGUUAUUUGACUUCAUCCUCGGGCCAACAUUGCUUAUCAGAUAUAAGGUUUUACCCCUGUAUUCGGAUGAUUUCCAUCAAUCUGAUAACAAAAAGCCUGAUUGCGGGGUCGUUUCCACAACUUCCCAUUGACUUCAUUGGAAAAUAUGAAUAAACCCAUCAGCAUUAGUGGGGCGAAGUCGUGUUCACGUUGGUCAUAGAAUACUACGAGCCGUAGCAUUUAAAACUCUAUAAAGAAGA